GCCCCGCCCGAGCACCCGGCCCGCGUGCGCAGCCGCAGCCCGCCCGCCGAGGGGGGCGGCCCGCCGAGCGCGGACGCGGUCGAGGCGCCGGGCCCCACGGGCAGGAGGAAGCUGCUGCCGCCGCUCCUCUCGCGCGGCAGUUUCCAGAGCAGCCCGGGGCGCGCCGGCAGUUUCGCCCCCGGCGCGGCGGCGGGCACGGGCAGGCGGUCGUUCAUUGCGCCGCUCCGCGGGAGCACGACGCUCGACAGCCUCGAUUACUCGCGCAGGUCCACCUUCCUGCUCAAGGAGGAGGAGGCCGACAUGAUCCAG